GGAAACUGGAAAGAAAGAGCGAGUCCCCCGGGAUCUCCUCGCACUACUAUAUAUAUACACAGCCAUUGCUCUUCUUUCACUACUCUUCACCGAAGGCGAAAAUACCUCUCUUCUCGUCUUCCCUGUACACUCCUCCUCCCUUCCCCCGCUGCUUCUCCCUUCGCCCGCUCCGCUCCUUUGUUGCUUGCAGAUCUACAGGCUAGACAUGGAUACCUUCCUCUUCACCUCAGAGUCCGUCAAUGAAGGCCACCCUGACAAGCUCUGUGAUCAAGUCUCGGAUGCCAUUCUUGAUGCUUGCCUGGAACAAGACCCGGAGAGCAAAGUUGCCUGCGAAACCUGCACAAAGACUAACAUGGUUAUGGUCUUUGGUGAAAUAACUACCAAGGCUACAGUCAACUAUGAGAAGAUUGUGCGUGAUACUUGCAGGGGUAUCGGGUUUACAUCAGCUGAUGUUGGCCUUGAUGCUGACAAUUGCAAGGUUCUUGUCAAUAUUGAACAACAGAGCCCUGACAUUGCCCAGGGAGUUCAUGGUCAUUUGACCAAGAAACCUGAGGAAAUAGGAGCUGGUGACCAAGGACACAUGUUUGGUUAUGCAACUGAUGAAACACCAGAGCUUAUGCCUCUGACUCAUGUCCUUGCUACAAAGCUCGGCGCCAAGCUUACUGAAGUUAGGAAGAACAAGACAUGCCCAUGGCUGAGACCCGAUGGUAAAACCCAAGUAACUGUUGAGUACAAAAAUGAGGGUGGUGCUAUGGUCCCUAUUAGGGUCCACACUGUUCUCAUCUCAACCCAACACGAUGAAACUGUUACAAAUGAUCAGAUUGCCCAGGAUUUGAAGGAGCAUGUUAUCAAGCCUGUCAUCCCAGCUCAGUACCUUGAUGACAAAACCAUCUUCCACCUCAACCCAUCAGGUCGCUUUGUUAUUGGUGGUCCACAUGGUGAUGCAGGACUUACUGGGCGUAAAAUUAUUAUCGAUACUUAUGGUGGAUGGGGUGCUCAUGGUGGAGGUGCCUUUUCUGGCAAGGACCCCACUAAGGUGGACAGAAGUGGUGCUUACAUUGUUAGGCAAGCUGCUAAGAGCGUUGUUGCUUCGGGCCUUGCUCGUCGCUGUCUUGUGCAGGUUUCUUAUGCCAUUGGCGUCGCAGAGCCUCUUUCAGUGUUUGUUGAGACAUACAAGACUGGGAAGAUUCCAGACAAGGAUAUUCUCGCUCUGAUCAAGGAGAACUUUGAUUUUAGGCCUGGGAUGAUCGCAAUCAAUCUUGACUUGAAGAGGGGAGGCAAUUUUAGGUACCAAAAGACUGCUGCUUAUGGUCAUUUUGGCCGUGACGACCCUGAUUUCUCUUGGGAGACUGUUAAGAUUCUCAAGCCCAAAGCUUGAGUUGACAACUGUCUGCAAAUUACUUUCAGUAGCAAUGAUUCUAGCUGCAAGCAAAUAAACAAAGCUAUCUGGCAUACACUUGACCCGAAUUCAUUUUUCCAGGGCUCCACUAAGAGACGGGAAAAGGGACCCUGCAUUAUGUACUUUAGAGGAUUGAAUGAGCGCGGAGCGAUUUGUCACCUUGUCUUCUAGUUAUUCGUUCAUUUUGAAGUUAGUUUCUUUUUUUUUUUGUUGUUAUAAUCAUUGUUUCAGUUGUCUGCUCGUUAGCGACACUCUUUCUCCAUUCAUGUUGUUGAUCAAUUUUUGAUUAUUCACACGUCCUCGUGAAAGUAUAUCUUCUAUUGGUAAUGAAAUUUUUACAUAACGUGCAUUUGAUUGACCAA